AGGCAUACUAGAAACUUUCUGCAGGUAUUUUGGAGCUAAACUCUGCAGGACAGCUGCCCUCCAGGACCAGGUUUGAACACCCCUGGUAUAUAUGACAGCAGCAUGUGAACGGGACUUUUAUUUUGGUCUGACGGUGUGAUGUCAUAAAGCUGCGCCGCGCUGCUGCAUCUCUUGUGAUUCGGCUGAAGAAAGGACAAACACAAAAACUUCUGGUGAAGCGACUGAGAUCCAUGUGACACUACUAUAAAGAUGGCGUUUAUUAAAGAGGAGAUUGACGACAUGAAGAUUGAUGAAACAUUCAGAGUGAAACAAAAAGAAACUGAGGAACAAACAGACCUGAUGGCACUGAAAGAGGAGACUGAAGUACUAAAUGAAGUGGAAGAGAAAGAUCAACAUAACAAUCAUCAUGAUUUCAUUACUAGAGAAAAAUCUUUUAGUUGCUCACAGACUGGAGAAACGUCUUCACGAAAAAUGGCUCAAGAGACAGAGACUAGAAGUAAUUUCAUCUUCCAACAAUAUGGAAAGAGUUUCAAUAGAGAAGGAAACUUUAAAGUCCACAAGAGAAUUCACACUGAGAAGCCUUACACCUGCCCUCAGUGUGGAAAGAGUUUCAAACAGAAAGGACACUUUGAAGACCACAUAAGAAUUCACACUGGAGAGAAACCUUACACCUGCCAACAGUGUGGGAAAAGUUUCAACCACAUAGGAAUCCUUAACAGGCACAUGAGAAUUCACACUAGAGAGAAGACUUACACAUGCCUUCAGUGUGGAAGAAGUUUCAUUGAAUAUAGAAACCUUGUAGUCCACAUGAGAAUUCACACUGGAGAGAAGCCCUACACCUGCCAACAGUGUGGAAAGGGUUUCAUUCUUAAAGGAAUCCUUAACAGAUACAUGAAAAUUCACAAUAGACAGAAGCCUUUUCACCUGCCAAAAGUGUGGAAGAAGUUUCAAUCAGAAAGGACACUUUAAAGAACACUUGAGAAUUCACUCUGGAGAGAAGCCAUUUAUAUAUGGUCACUGUGGAAAGACUAUCAGAUAUAUAUAUAAAAAAAAACCUUAAAGUACCACAUGAGUAUUCAUGUAGGAGAGAACUGUUUUAUAUGUCUUUAGUGACUAUGUUUACAUGUGCACCAAUAAAACGGUUAUUUCUCAUCAGA